AUGAUUAACGUUUUCAAGCCUGCAGUACACAUCAGAGACGUGUCAAACAACGUCACCCAGAGCGAUCCUGCUUCGCUAUUGCAAUACGAUGGAAAUUCUGACACGACGCCCGUGUUGCCGUUCAACUACACCAUUGAAGGUUUGACGAGAGACGUUUACCCUAAGCCCUUGCAUUCGCACAAUGAUUACUGGAGAAAGCAUCCGUUAUUCGACGCUUUGAGUGUUGGUGCUGUUUCAAUCGAGAGCGAUAUUUGGUAUUUCCCCAAAUCGUACACUUUGCGACGAACCACGACGGAAUCUACUGGAACCACCACUACCGCAAACGAGACCUUGUAUUUCAGAGAUGACGAAGUGUAUGUGGGGCACAACCAGGUGUUUUUGCAGCCGAUCAACACCUUGUUCAAUUUGUACUUGAACCCGUUGUUCCAGUUUUUGCAGUAUUCGAAUCCCAAGUUUGAGUUUGUGAACGGCAGCGGCAACGCCUUGUUGGGCGACCAGGCUAAACAUAGCAUAUUCUAUAACGACCCCGAGCAGCAGGUCUACCUCUGGUUUGACUUCAAGACGGAUGCUGAUGCCACCUACGAGGCAUUGAAACCGGCAUUGCGGCUGUUUAUCGACGCGGGGUACUUGACUUAUUACAACACCACCAGCGACACGUUGCACCAGGGCCCAGUUAUCUUGACAAUCACGGGUAAUUUGCCCGUGGAGAAAGUGCAAGCAGAACAAAUCCGUUACUUCUUUUUAGACGGUCCGUUGGCGUCAUUCGACGAAUCCGCCAAAGCUGAAGAUUUGCAGAAAUGGAGCAAAUUGUCGCGCGUCGCUAGUGCUGGACUCGAGGACUUGUUGGGCGAUCUGUACAAGUCUACGCUAAGGAGUGAUUUCAACGAUGAUCAAAAGGCCAAGUUGAAGAGCUAUUUCGACUUGGCUCAUCAACAUGGAUUAAAGACUAGGGUAUGGGGAGACGUGACUUGGCCCUGGAACUUGGCGGAGCUGCAUUUGAAGGACUUGUUCCAAUUGGGAUCGGACUUGUUGAACGUUGAUGACAUGAAGAGGGCAAGCAAUUUGUUCCCCAACUAG